CACUCGCCGCGCGGCUUCCGAUCAACGGGGAUGGACAGACGUUGAGCGCAACGACGAAAGCGAAUGGAGGGAACGCGAGAAUUUCGAUUGCAGAAUCAAGCGGAAUUUCGUCUCCCCGCCGUCGCGGGACUCGAACCAAACAUCCUUCCACCGGAUGUCACUAGCAGUACGUGCGCCGUCGAGAGACACAUUCACGGUUCACGGUGGCUGCAACAGCGGCUCGGACUUGGAGUAGUUGGAGUCUCCACUUACCGUGGAGUGGCGUGGUGUUUAUUCUUGCCGUUCGUGAUCACGUCGUACCGGUUGAUCACGCGAUUGAAUAAAGGUAAUAGUAAAUUAUUCGCAAUGUCAGAAGUAUCGGAAUCAGACUCGGAGUACAAUUCGUCAGACGAGGAGCUGCAGGAGGCCUUUGCGAGGGGAUCAUUGAAGUCGGGUCUCAACGUUGCGGUCGAGACGAGUGACAAACAGUCCAAGAACUGCGUGAGUCUCAUGAAGCAAAAACUGGAUGAGAUAAAGCUGAACCUGCCAUGGAUUGAGAUGUUAGACAUGGUAAACGCACCUGCACCGUUGGCACCAGAAUUGGCGCUCCAAAUGCAGGAGCAAGAAGUAAGACGAGCUAAGCAACUACAAGGAAAUAAAAAAUUACCUCAGUACAAUCCGUCCGAGGAUCCUGUCUUGAACGACUUUCGUAGAGAGAACAUGUUUCACCGUCAGGCUCAAGGUGCUGUCAUGGAUGGUAUCAAUAGGUUAAAGAAACUUGGUAUAGUAACAUCUAGGCCAGAUGAUUACUUUGCCGAAAUGGCCAAAUCCGAUGAGCACAUGCAAAAGGUACGAGAAAACUUGAUGAAGAAACAGUCGAUAGCACAGAGGUCAGAAAAAGUGAGGCAGAUGAGACAACAGAAGAAGGUUGCGAAGCAAAUGCAAGUCGAAGCGACUUUAAAGAAACACGCGGAGAAAAGAAAAAUGAUGGAAGAGGUUAAAAAGUAUCGUAAAGGCGUACGAAAGGACCUCGAUUUCUUGGAUGAUAAAAAGAAACUGCAAAACAAACAGCCAAAUCAUAGGAUGAAUUCAAAGGCGCAAUUAAAGAUGAAAAUGAAAGCUACGAAAUAUGGUUAUGGAGGUAAAAAGCGCGGUAGCAAAUGGAACACAAGGAGCAGUUCGGCCGACGUUUCCGAGUACAAAAGACCACCGAAACCGGGAGAUAACAGAAAAAGAAAAGAUGGAAAGGGAAAGCAAAGGUUAGGCAAAAGUCGAAGAACGCAAAUGAAAGCGAAAAGAAAGUCGUGACGGAUCUUUGGUUAGUGAGUAUCGUAAUUAAUAAUCACAUGUUACGUAUUAUGUUACAUAAUUAUUUACAUAUUGCGUUUUGGUAUAAAAUUAUAUGAUAAUGAUGUA